AGCAGCCAUCCUCCCAAGGAGCAACACACGGCGUUACGUCGAUUAACGAGCUUUAUUUAGCUCUUUAUUUACGUGUACCUAUUUUUCUCUGAAAUAUUGCGAAUAGUUGGUGUGUCUUCGCGCUUUGUCGGAUUCUGACUGAACAUGAGUCGAUCAGCUUUCCACACCCCCGAAGAGGAUUUUCCCUUCUCCGACUAUCAGCCCAUAACAUCUUGGGCUGAUUUAGUCGAAGAGGCCAUCGAAGCUGAGGAGCCCGUCGUGACGUUUCCUUCAUGGGCGAGAUACGAGAUACCUUCAUCUGCACAGAGGUUUAUACUGAAGACAGUCUCCAUCAAUCAGAUGUCUACACAGGCCCCAAUCCCGGCAGCGUCUCCUCCUCAUGGACAUCGUUCGACUUUGACGAGGAAGCAUCGGGCCUCCGCCAAAGAGAUGUCCGGCUUAUCUCCUUGUGCUUAUAUGGCUUUCAAGAACUUGAAGAGAAGGUGGUUGAAAACUAGAAAUACUUCUUCACAGAGGCAGGAGAGUGGUAGACAACAGAUGUCUCUUGAGCCCCCUGUUUCAACAUCUACACAAAAGAUGGUUACGGAGCCCUCUGUCCCGGCAGCGUCUCCUUCUCAGGAUCAUCCUUCUUCUUCACUGCCGGAAGAUCAGGCUUCAGAUAGAGGGGUGUCCAUAGCAUCUCCUCAAGCUUCUGAGGCCUCCAAGAAACAAAACAGAAGAAGGAGGAAAAAGAAAAAUACUUCUUCACAGAGGCAGGAGAGUGGUAGACAACAGAUGUCCCUUGAGCCCCCUGUUUUGACAUCUACACAAAAGAUGGUUACGGAGCCCUCUGUCCCGGCAGCGUCUCCUUCUCAGGAUCAUCCUUCUUCUUCACUGCCGGAAGAUCAGGCCUCCGAUAGAGAGGUGUCCAUAGCAGCUCCUCAAGCUUCUGAGGCCUCCAAGAAACAAAACAGAAGAAGGAGGAAAAAGAAAAAUACUUCUUCACAGAGGCAGGAGAGUGGUAGACAACAGAUGUCCCUUGAGCCCCCUGUUUCAACAUCAACACAAAAGAUGGUUACGGAGCCCUCUGUCCCGGCAGCGUCUCCUUCUCAGGAUCAUCCUUCUUCUUCACUGCCGGAAGAUCAGGCUUCAGAUAGAGAGGUGUCCAUAGCAUCUCCUCAAGCUUCUGAGGCCUCCAAGAAACAAAAAAGAAGGAGGAGGAAAAAGAAAAAUAUUGCUUCACAAAUGCUGGAGAAUGAGGGACAGGAGAUAUCCACAGAGCUGACCGUCCCAGCAGUGUCUCCUCCUCAGCAGGAGAGUCUUACAGAGAGUCUGGAUGAUCCAAAUCCAGACGAAUCUGAGUCCCAGCUUCCUCCAGCAGCUGCUAUGGAUCCCGCAUCAGCAGAUAUUCCAGAAAGCCAGGAAGAGAAUAGCACACUGGAGACUGAGACCACAGUUGAUGAUAUGUGCAAGAUGCUGAAUGGACUCCAUGUGUCCACAGAGCUCACCGGCUUACCUACACCACCUGCUGUACCUCAUUUUAGGCAUUAUCCUCCUUCCUCCAUCUCCGCUAUGACGCGUCCCUCCACAUUAAUUUUUAUAUUGCCUCCAACAUUUGUUUUUACACCGAGUCAGCAGACUGACACUAGUCCGAUGACUGGACAAGAAAUGUCUGUGAAGCCCCCAGUGACAGCAGACACCAGAGCAUCACCUUCUCCACCUCAGGAAUCUGCCUUGAAGCUGGAGAAUGAUGCUUCAUCCGGAGAUGUCUCUGAGCAAUCUCAUGGGGUGGCUAAGCUAUCCAAGAAGAAAGCUUCCAUACAAAGGCAGGAGAAUGAUGGACAGGAAAUGUCCACAGAUUCGCCCGUCCCGGCAGCGUCUCCAACUCAGCAGACGAGUCUUACAGAGACACUUGAUGGUCCAAACUCAGCCGAAUUUGGGCCCCAGUUACCUCCAGAAGCUACUGUUGAUCCAACAACAGCGGAUCUUCCAGAGUGCGUGUAUGAGAGCAGCAUACUGGACUCUGGUACCACCAUUGAAGAUGUAUGCAGGCUGGAUGAAUUCCAACUUUCAACAAAGCCCCCAGCUCUACCUACACCACCUGCUGUACCUCAGCAUAAUCCUCCUGCCUCGAGCUUCCCUACGAAGUGUAACUUUUUUAACAAAAUCAGACAAUGGGUGGACACGAAAAGUCAACAGACCCCCCUCCUACAGCAGCUUCUCAAUUUCAGCUGGAGAGUCUUACAUGUAGUCUGGAUGAUUCAAGUUCAGCCAAAUUUAAAUCCCAGCUUCCUCCAGCAGCUGCUGUGAAUCCAUCAACAGCUUUAUCAGAGAGCCAGGAGAGCACUGACACCAAUAUUGAAGAUAUUUGCAAGGUGCCGAAUGGACUCUAAAAAAAAAAAGAAAAUCAGACAACAUGUGCACAAUAAAGUAAACCUACUCCCCUGCCACAGCCGCUUCUCCACCUCUGCUGGAGAGUCUUACAAAUAGUCUGGACGAUUCAAAUUCAGCCAAAUUUGAAUCCCAGCUUCCUCCAGCAGCUGCUGUGGAUCCAACAACAGCUUUAUCAGAGAGCCAGGAGAGCACUGACACCAAUAUUGAAGAUAUUUGCAAGGUGCUGAAUGGACUCUAAAAAAAAAAAAAAAUCAGAAAACGUGUGCACAAUAAAGUAAACCUACUCCACUGCCACAGCCGCUUCUCCACCUCUGCGGAAGAGUCUUACAAAUAGUCUGGAUGAUUCAAAUUCAGCCAAAUUUGAAUCCCAGCUUCCUCCAGCAGCUGCUGUGGAUCCAACAACAGCAUCUUUAUCAGAGAGCCAGGAGAGCACUGACACCAAUAUUGAAGAUAUUUGCAAGGUGCCGAAUGGACUCUAUGUGUCUACAAAACCCCCAGCCUCACCUACACAGCCUGUUGCAUAAUCCUCCUGCCUCAAGCCUCUAUAUGACACACCCCUCCACAUUUCCUUUUAUAUCACCUCCAACAUUUGUUUUUGCAAAAAAUCAGACAAAGUGUGCACAAUAAAGUAAACCUACUCCACUGCCACAGCCGCUUCUCCACCUCUGCGGAAGAGUCUUACAAAUAGUCUGGAUGAUUCAAAUUCAGCCAAAUUUGAAUCCCAGCUUCCUCCAGCAGCUGCUGCGGAUCCACAAAACAGCAUCUUUAUCAGAGAGCCAGGAGAGCGCUGACACCAAUAUUGAAGAUAUUUGCAAGUUGCUGAAUAUGUCCACAGAACCUCCAGCCUCACCUACACAGCCUGUUGUACCUCACUAAAUCACAGAGGCGCAGCUGAAACACAGCCAUCGGACAGCAGUUAACCAGCAGCAAGAAAAUAUGGUUCCAAUGGGUACUUAUAAAAAACAGAAAUAAAUCAUUUCUGUCAAAUCAUAUGCUCACUAGAAUCUAUAGCGUCCAAUUUCCUACAUUAUCAAAAAACGUUAACCAAAGUUUCAGUGCACCACAAUGAGACUUUAAAGAGUUUGCGGACCAUAAAGUGCAACAUUUUCGUUUGCGUUUUUUACAUAUUUGGCUCUCGUUUGUACAGUGUCUGAAUUUAUUGAAAAAAGCGGUUCAAAAGGCCAGCAACGGAUGCGAAAAACGCAGAAAAUCAAACCCGGUCCAAAUAUUUUUAUGACGAAUGAAAAUAUCAGAGGCAGUGUGUAAAUGUGAUUGACUAAAUCUGAGUUCGUAUUUAUUUUUUAACAUGCUGGAAGUUCGGAUGCAAAUUUCGGACCUAAUGUGCAAUGGGCUUUACAGUCAGGAUAAGUGUUUAGAGUCUUAUUUGUUGAAUAGCUUUACAUCCAUAUUGAUGUUUUGGGACUAGAUUAUAUUCUUUGCCUCUUCUCUUGUACGAUUUGUCUAGCUGAGGUCUUCUGAUCUUCUACCUUUUAUCGAUCAAGAUGAAGCCAUUAUGGUUACCAAGGUUAUUUUUGGUUAACUUAUAUUUUUAACUUUAAAAGCGUUUCUUUUCAUUGAAAUAAAUUAAGUUUUC